AAUGUUGGAUGCUGAUUGGUUGAUAUGAGUAUAGUAUCCAAAAUGAUCUUGUUUCCAAGUUCAUCUUGUCAAGAUUGUUGAAGCAAAGAUUUUGUCAAUUUGGACAGCAGGAUUCUCUAUAAUUCAUUAAGCCAAAAUGUCCACUAUACCGUGGGAAGACAACGAAAAACGAAACUAUAUUUUCAUGGAUGAUAUUUUUACGAAUGUUGUAAGUGAAGAAUUAAGGAAAAUUUUUGUUCGGGAAUGGAACAGUCGUUACCAGUCAAAGUUGGGAGCAUGGGACAACACCAACAUAAGUGGUAGUCAGCUGUUUAAUUUGGAGAAAUCACGAGCAAGGCCAAAUAAGAACACAUUCCAAUCUAAAUUUCACGACGGAGAUACAAACGACUGGGAUUGUUCUGUCCUCUUCGAUGCAAUUCUUUACUCCAACUCGAUUGGUAAAAAAAGUCUUAAUCCAACUGUCAAAACUGAGGUAGACAAUCUCAGAGCAUUAAGAAAUGAAAUUAAGCACAUAUCUGAAGGUAAACUCGCUGAUCCGGAUUUUCAAACCAUGAUAACUCGGGUGGAAAAUGCUUUUCAAUCUUUAGGACUUACAAUAAGAAAAAUUAUUCAAAUGAAAACGAAUAGAAGCAGUUUUAAAUCGUUUCAAGUUCUUCCUCUUAACCCGGAUCAUGAGGUCGUUCUACGUUCCGACAAGGUACAUGAGGUGAUAGAGGUUCUCGGAAGGUUACGCUGUGAUAACGGAGAUAAACUUACCUAUUUCUAUAUCAGUGGGAAUCCCGGAAGUGGAAAAUCUCAACUAGCUAGGCAAGUCUGUGAAAAUAUUUGGAACGGUAUUAAUUGGCAAGCUGAAUCGGUGUUUGUAAUGACAUUAGACGGAAGAGACGUUGAUUCUCUUUUCUACUCUUAUGAAGAUUUCUGUCGUCGGUUAAAUUGCAACGAAAGCGUAUUAGGAGGAAUAUUAAGCUCGUCGAAGUCAAAAAAUGAGAAAAUCAAAGACCUAAGAUCGCAAAUGAUGGUUCAAAUUAGGAACUGGAAAAAGUGGUGGAUUGUAAUAGAUAACGUUGAGAAUCUCGAGCUUAUUUCCUCACUUCUUCCUAAGAUGGGCGAUAGGGUUCUGAAAAAUGGUCAAAUCAUAUUAACGACGCAAAACAGUACUUCAGUCCCACCUGAUAGUUUGUUUUGUAAGCAUGUUUCAUUGAGCCUGGGCAUGAAUGAGCAUGAUUGUCGCCAGCUUCUUGCUCUACUAUCGAAAACGGAUGGCAGAGAUCCGAUCUUAGAUGAAGUUUCAGAAAGGUUGGAUCGUCAACCUCUGGCAAUGGCCGCAGCUGCAGUGUACAUGAGACAAGUUCUCGAUCCUGACUGUAAUCCUAAUUUUUCAUGGCUAGACUAUUUAGAAAAGUUAAAAAAAGGUAAAAGAAGAUUAACAGAAGAACCUCUUCGCCGAAUAAAUUCUGCAUACUCGUCCACAAUGUCCGCAGCAGUGCUUUUAGCCGUGGAAAAAUGUCAGGAAAGUAGUACGAUUUUAAAACACACAUUCAAUUUGUUUUCUUUGAUAUCUUUUGAGCCACUGCCACGCGAUCUUGUUCUAAAAUACAUUUUACAACAAGAUAAAGAGUCCGAUGACGAAGAAAUUUUUCUUGCGAUAAAGCAUUGCUCCUUGUUUAUUCACGUUGGAAAUAAAGAGCGAGACAUCCGCCUUCAUCGUGUUGUUCACGAGGCAAUCAAAGUAGCUUGUCAUGGCAACGGGCGAAAUAUUGUGAAAGAUGUUGUCCAAACGAUGCAUUAUUUUGUGGAUAGGGAAGAUAAAAUCAAAUUAAUACCACAUUUGAAAACAUUUAACACGGAAGUUCAUGAAUUAUUUGAAGAGGAUGCAUUACAUUCCAUAAGUUUAUUCUUUGAGCCAGCUGAAAUUACUCCGAUCUAUUUAUUUUUUGGGCAAACUUUACGUGUAUUUUCCGAGUUUAGGCUGGCUAUGGAAUUUCAAAAUUCCAACAUGCGACUAUGGAAGAACUCUGAAAAAGACGUUCAUUUAUCGAUUAUUUACAACGAACUUGGUUUUUUACAUAAUGAUUUAGGAGAUUUCAACGAAGCGAAAAAUUAUCUACAGAAAGCAUUGGAAAUUGAAUUAGAGCAACGAGGACCGAACUAUAUCAACAUUGCUUCUUCGUACAAUAAUUUGGGUACAGUAUUUAGUGAUAAAGGUGACCUUGACAGUGCUGAGAAUUACCAUCAACGUGCACUAAAAAUUCAAUUGGACCAAUUAGGGCCAAACCAUCUUCAUGUCGCUUCCUCAUAUAACAACCUCGGUACAGUGUGUAGUGAUAAAGGUGAUCUGGAAAAAGCUGAGAAAUAUCAUCAAAGUGCGCUAGAAAUCCAAUUACAACAACUGGAACCAACCCACAUUGACGUCGCUUCCUCAUACAACAACCUAGGAACUGUGUUUAGCGAUAAAGGGGACCUGAAAAAAGCCGAGAACUAUCACACACGUGCCUUGGAAAUCCAAUUAAAGCAAUUCGGACCCAACCAUAUCGACGUUGCUUCCUCAUAUAAUAACCUAGCUACUGUGUUCAGUGAUAAAGGUGAACUUGAGAAGGCUGGUGAUUAUCAUGAACGCGCACUUAAAAUUCAGUUAGAACUAUUGGGACCAAACCAUAUCGAUGUAGCUUCUUCAUACAACAAUCUUGGUACUGUAUAUAGUGACAAAGGUGAUCUGAAAACUGCCAAGGAUUAUCAUGAACGCGCUCUACAAAUUCAGUUAGAACAAUUGGGAGCAAAGCAUAUUGACAUUGCAUCUUCACUGAACAACUUAGGAACUGUAUGUAGUGAUAAUGGUGAACUGGAUGAAGCUCAAGAUUUUCAUCAACGUGCGUUAGAAAUUCAAUUAGAACAUUUCGGGCCUAACCAUGUUGAUAUCGCUUUUUCUUACAAUAACCUAGGCACUGUGUUUAGUGAUAAAGAUGACCUGGAGACAGCUAAGGAUUUUCAUCAACGUGCGCUGAAAAUUCAAUUAGAACAAUUAGGUGCAAAUCAUAUUGAUGUCGCCGAUUCCUACCAUAACCUGGGUAUGGUGUGUGCGGAUAAGAAUGAAUUAGACCUUGCCAUUGAUUGUCAUGAACGAGCACUGAAAAUCAGAAUAGAACAAUUAGGAACAAGUCAUGAUGAUGUAGCUUCUUCCUAUGAGAACCUAAGUCGUGCGUGCAUGCGUAAAGGUGAAAUGGAGAAAGCUAAGGAAUAUCAUCAAAAAGCACGCGAAAUUAAAUCAGAAUUACCAGGACCAAGCCAUAGCACCAGCGCUUCCUCUGUUGAUGAACAAGGUUCCUCCUGUGAGAGUGAACAGAGUGAGGAUGGGAAUGAUGAAUAAUGAGGAAGAUUUUAAAUGGGAUUAUUGUCAGGUUCACCACUGAUUUUACGAAAUGAAAGUUAUUUUAAUGUACAGAACACAAAACUAAUUAAUUUACUAUUACAUACUAAUUCAUUAAUGUGCACAAGAUUUCGACUUUUUCCAAUUUUAGCUAGUAGAAGUAGUUUUUAUCCUUGUAAUGAUCAUCUGGAAAUAUAAAAACUGAGGUAUAUCACAACUGCUCUUAGUCAAUUAGCGUUUAGAAUUUACAUUUGCAUGCUGAAAUAAUUUAUAUAAUAUGACAUAAUAAUUUUUGAAUGUUCAGUUUUGAAUGCU